AACACAUUUAUUCGACUAGUAAUUAAUUCUAAUAAUGAAUUAAUUAUAAACGUUACUAUAAAACUCGAUCGGUAACCUUGCUCUCUAUAUCGUAGUCACUGCAUGACUUAAGGAAACGAUUUCCAAAUGAUAAAAAGAGAGAAUAGUUAUCUGACCAAGAUCGACAUGUCAAGAAUGACUUGGUCCAUGGCCCAGAUCGUAUGCCCUUCCACGAUCGCCUAUAAAAAUACCUCGUAGACGUAUCGUACACUUGCAUUUAGUGUUUAUCUAUCUAUUCGUACGUAUUAAAACGUAAACAAAGUCUAUAGGUUUUUAUUAGACUUUAUUAUUCGUGUUAAAAAACUCGUCGAAAAUUAACAAUUGAUAAUCAAUCAAGGAUUGAGAGAUGUUCCUCGAGAGAUCCAUCGAUCGUUUCGGUUGAUCCCGUCGAGAGAACGAGGAUUCGUUAUCCUAAACCAAUCGAAUUUAUUUGUACGAUUAUUUCAAUAGUUCUAAUAAUAAUCAUAAUCGUUAUAAUCGUGCUUAUGCUCGUAUACAAGCCAGUCUACGUUUGGAUAGAUUAUGAUCGAAAAUAAAUAAUAAUCGAGAAUCGAGAAUAAUUCAAAGUUCUUAAAAGAAAUAACAGCUUUUAAUUAUAUACAAAAUAUUUGCAAGAGAGAGAGAGAGAGAGAGAGAGAGAGAGAAAGAGAGAAAGAAGAAGAAAGAUAAAAGAUGUGGAAAUAUUUGAAAAUAUUACUAGGAUUUUAUAUGCUAGUUUUAGCAAAGUGUUCGUUAUUGGAGAUGUCUCAAACGAUGUGGGCUAAAUUGUUAGCAGGUGGUUUAUCGAAAGUUGGCCAAUUAGAUCCAUUGAGAGUUCCAAUGGUGAAGGUCGAUCAAUCGGAAGGUAACACUAGUUACAGGAUGAUAUUAAGAAACAUAGAGAUAUCAGGAUUAAACGAUUCGACGAUAGAAAGUAUUCACGUGGCACGUGGAAAAUUGAGAUCUAAUCUGAGCGAAUUAGAAGCUGGAUAUGUAACUUACAGCGAUUUAGGUGAUCUCGAAUCGAUCCGAUACAAAUUUCACACGGUUGUUAAUAAUAUGAGGAAGGAUAAUAGUGACGAUGUUACCACGAGCGAAUUUAAUUCGUCUCGAUCUAACGAUGAUCGAUUUGAAAGGAUAACACAGUAUCAGCCUCGACAUACUGCUUACGAAAAAUCAAGUGAAAGUAAUUACGGAAGUUACGAGCAACGACGACAAGCUCGUUUCGAUGAACGUAGUUAUCAAGAACCUCGAGAAAAAAUGACCGAAUUUACAACAACGGAUUCUUCUUACAUGAGAAACUUAAAGAUUGAAGAGAGAAUGGAAACUCAUAGGACACCUGAUAACUUGAAAUAUCCCUCGAGCGUUCACGUUAUAUACGCACAAAGUUUAAAGAACACGAAAACCAAUCAAGAGACUUCUAGAAAUGAUAAAGACGAACCAGAUUGUCCUGGUAGUUCUGAUUCAAAUAAAAGUUCAUUUUCAAUGCAAGAUCAUGGAAGUUCUCAAACGUCUGAACAAAAUCAUGAAGACGUUCAUGUUUCAGCUUCAGAAAAUAGAGAAAUUAAAUUGGAACGACCGAUUGAAAGAUCAAGUACAUCGUAUUUUACCGAACAACGUAGGAAUUACAAAACGAGUGGUAAUGUCGAUGGAAAAUUGCAACAAUCGACCGAAAGAUCAACUACGUCGUAUUUUGCUGAUCAACGUAGGGAUUAUCAAGAAAGUGGUAAUGUCGAUGGAAAAGUCGAAAUAAUGUCUCAAAGAUCGGACUCGAUUAAAUCGUCCGAUCAAAGAUUAGAAAAUAGGCCAGGUUACAUUGAUAUAAUCUACGCCGAUGAGAAAAAUUCGAAUGGAGUUAAACAUUUUGGUAAUAUGAGAUUGCAGGCUAAUCGAGAAGCGAAAGUUUAUGGAUUUGAAGAUGUCAUGAAGGAUAUUCAAGAGAAUGCGAGAAUGUUUAUUCAUAAUUUUACUGAGGGUGAAUCAUUGACGAAGAUGAAUGAUCGUAUUAAGAAAGCAUUAGAAGAAAAAAGAUUAAAAGAUCUAGCAAGAUACGCAGAAAAUUAUCAAGAAAAGGAAGGAUACUUCGAGGAGGGUAUGGAAUUGAUUUAUCAUUAUGGCGGAAUGGGAAAUGAAUCAAAAGAAAUUAGACGUAUAAAACGUGCUCAUCCGGAAAAUGAUUCAGAGGACGACGUGAUGCACGUGAUCAUGCGAAUACGCGUGCCACUUCUUCGUGUGAAGUCUGAAUAUAUGCUCACAGGAAAAGUGGGAGAGGAGAUAUUAAGGGGGAAUGGAUUACUAGCCGGAAAUUUCACCGAGCUUCUCGGUGAUUUCACGGUUGAAUUGAAGAAAGAUAAAAACGAUUCGAUGACAGUACGUGCCACCAGGGCAAAAUUAACAUCGAAAGAUAAAAGAAUCGAUCUUCAAGGAAUGAAUGAGGAAGGACCUGUAAAAUCUAUAUUAACUCAAGGUUUAAUGGCUGCCGAAGCAGUUGCAGCUAUGCUUGCCGAUGACUUGACAACCAAGGCUCUCAGCGAGAAAACAGCUGAUGCUAUGGUAUAUCGGAUGUAUAAUGAUCUUCCAAUGAUUAAUUAAUUUGGUGAUAGAUCUUUUUAUUAUUAUUACAUUUUACUCACCAUUAUUAUUAUCAUUAGCUUAUUAAUUUUUCUAUUAAUCUAUAAUUUUUUAAUUGUAUCUACCUAAUCGUUCGUUCAUUUAUUUAUGUAUUUAUUUAUUUAUUUUAAUGAAAGCAAUCGUGAAUUAACAAUAAUGGCGUCGUAACAUCGAUGUUGAUUAAUUUUUAAUGAAAUUGAUCUGCAUAACACACUGAUGUAAAACCAUAUAUAAACGUCGGCCACAAAAUGUCAAAAAAGUUAUUUAGAUUCAGACAUACAUAUACACAUACACACAUUUAUAUUAACUUGCAUUUAGUUCAACUUAUCUUAUUUUUAAAUACAUUAUAGAUACGUUAAUAAUAAUAUUAUCAUUAUUAUAAAUUUUUUUACCUAGGUAAAAAAACAUUCUUAACGUUAACAUCAUAUCGAGAGAAUAAAUUCUGUUCUUAUUCUAAUAAAAGAACUUAUCUGCGCGCUUACGUAUUUAUUUAUUAGAUAUAACAAUUAAUUGACUUAUAGGUAUAUACAUAUAAUUACGUCCUCCUUAAUAUGAAAGGAGACACUAACAGUUUGAUCGUCAAAUCAAAUGAUAUUAUCGUCUAAUUAGAAUUAGCCAAGCGAAACGACAUGUAUAGUUAUUUGAAGAAGGAUGAACAGUAGAUGUAUGACUAUCGCAAAGUACAUAGAACGUGAAACGUCUUCAACAUCUUUUGAAAGCGUAUUACGCAGGAAACGAUUGCGCAGGUUCGUCGAGAAGGACAUUAGUGUGAUUAACCUGUAUAAUACCUGUCAGAGGACAGUGAUCAUCGUAAUUUUCAAAAAAUGUCCAAAGACUAAUGGAAGAAGAAAAGCUAAAAGGAAAAGGAAGAUAAUAACAACGUGACAAAAAUACGAUUUUUAAUAACAAAUUACAUUAUUUUUAACAAAAUUGUUUAUAUAUUAAUUUUUAUUUAUUUCCUUAAUUCUUUCUUUAUUUAUUUAUUCGAAAUAAUUUAAAGAAUAGUAUUUUUUAAUUCGACAAUUCAAUCCGGACAUAUCGUAGGCGAGUUAACGCUUUCGCUGUGGUCUUUACCCCUUUCACGAUCGAAGAAAGUUGUAAUCUUGGCUCGAUGAUCUCGCUACUAUCGAUUUGUCAGGAAAGAAAAUUAUAGCCUUACAAAUUCCACCGACGCGUACUUUUACAGUAUGGUAAAAAUAGUAUACAAUAAUAAUAACGAAGAACGUGAUGGUUCUAAGAAUGUAUCUAUCGUUACGAAGAAGAAAAUAUAAUUGGAAAACUUUCUAUAAUAUGCGAUGGACAAAUAGAUUUUAUUUUUUUCUUAAAAAUAUAUCUAAAAAUGACGAUAAUGAAUCGGUGAUCAUCCUCAACGAUCAUCCUCAAUUUCUUAUAUAAUUGUUCG